AUGCCGAUCGCCACCAACUCAGAACCUUCCGCGGUGCAGUCCGACUCCCGCCUCUUUCCUUCCGCCUGCUUGCGGAACCACGAUCGGGAAUCCGCAAAGUCCGGGGAGGACGGCAUUGAAGAUCGAUCGGAUCCCCUUCGCCAGUCUCCCUCGAUCCACUCCAGCUUCCUCAGCUUCGCCAUGAACGGGGGCGCCACUCAUUUACAACAGCCUCCUCCCCCCACCCUCUGCCAGCAGCCGCCGCCACUCCUACACAGGCCGAGCCUCCCGGAGCAAGGAACUCAGAGCCAGGGUAGAGGCGGCCACAUCGCUGCCCUGGGCAACAGAGCCCCUGUGUCAGGUAGCAUUGGCCCUUCCUUUCAGUGCCAGUCAAUCCAUCAAGAUCACAUUUGCAGCAAUGACAGUGACAAGAGCGAAGAUAGUUCGAGUCCCAAGAGACAACGCCUUUCUCAUUCAGUCUUUGACUAUACAGUGUCAUCACCAACUGCAUCACCACCAGUGCGACCAUGGGAGAUGACAUCAAAUAGGCAGCCUCCUUUGGCUCGGUCCAACCAACAUCACUUCUCUGGGGAACACUGUAGCACACCUGCACGAAAUAGAAGGAGUCCUCCUGUUCACCGUCAGAGAGCAAGAAGGGAUCUUCUGUCUCGACAUAAUUCUAUUAGCCAAGAUGAAAACUAUCGCCAUCUCUCCUAUGGACAGCAGCAAGCAAUAGAAGAUCCCCAAACUUUUCACCCUCCAAAUAUAUCCCAUCAUAUGUUUCACCCAGCUGCUCACCCACCACAGCAGAAUUCAAUGAUGGUUGAUAUUCAUGAUCAGGUAAGAGCGUGUUGAGAACAUGGAUGCACAUAACUCUGUGUAUGCCUCCCCAAAGAGAGCAAAUCAGUGAACUGUCCUCGACAAUUUAGUUGGCAAUGGAGACCAUAACACUUAACUCCUAUUAGUCCUCCUGUAAGACAUCUAAGUAGCAUGAGUAUAUAGAUUUGCAGCAUUCAGUUAAAAAUAAUACAUUUGUAACUUAAGAGAAAAAUCUAGACUCUAAUAGAAAAAAGUGAGUUAACAAUCUGUCAAUGUAUGGUUGGCACAGUUCUGAAGGUCUCUGCAUCCCACAUUUGAAAUGUGACACUUCUGUGAGAAAC